UGCAGUUUUGCAUAAUUUAAAGGUCCGUUUCCUGGAGUCGAACCAUAUCUACACUUACUGUGGGAUCGUGCUGGUUGCCAUUAAUCCUUACGAGCAGCUGCCAAUCUAUGGUCAAGAUGUCAUCUAUGCCUACAGCGGCCAAAACAUGGGGGACAUGGACCCACACAUCUUUGCUGUGGCAGAAGAAGCCUACAAGCAGAUGGCCAGAGAUGAGAAGAACCAGUCCAUCAUAGUCAGCGGGGAGUCUGGAGCCGGCAAGACCGUGUCAGCCAAGUACGCAAUGCGCUAUUUUGCCACGGUGGGUGGCUCAGCCAGUGACACCAACAUCGAAGAGAAGGUCCUGGCAUCCAGCCCCAUCAUGGAGGCCAUCGGAAAUGCCAAAACCACUCGCAAUGACAACAGCAGCCGAUUUGGAAAGUAUAUUCAGAUCGGCUUUGAUAAGCGGUACCACAUCAUUGGGGCCAACAUGAGGACCUACCUGCUGGAGAAGUCCAGAGUGGUCUUUCAGGCAGACGGUGAGCGGAAUUACCACAUCUUCUACCAGCUCUGUGCUGCCGCCAGCCUUCCAGAAUUCAAAGAGCUUGCGCUAACAUGUGCAGAGGACUUCUUCUACACAUCACAGGGAGGAGACACACGCAUCGAGGGCAUCAAUGAUGCUGAGGACUUUGAGAAGACGCGACAAGCCUUCACACUCCUGGGAGUGAGAGAAUCCCAUCAGACAAGCAUUUUUAAGAUAAUUGCUUCUAUCCUGCACCUUGGAAACGUGGAGAUUCAGGCUGAGCGUGAUGGCGAUUCCUGUAGCGUAUCACCCCAGGACGCACACCUGAAUGACUUCUGCCGGCUGCUGGGGGUGGAGCACAGCCAGAUGGUGCACUGGCUCUGCCACCGCAAGCUGGUCACCACCUCUGAGACCUACGUGAAGACCAUGUCCCCACAGCAGGUGGCCAACGCGCGCAGCGCCCUGGCCAAGCACAUCUACGCUCAGCUCUUCGGCUGGAUCGUGGAGCACGUCAACAAGGCGCUGCACACCGCUCUCAAGCAGCACUCCUUCAUCGGCGUCCUGGACAUCUACGGGUUUGAGACAUUUGAGGUCAACAGCUUUGAGCAGUUCUGUAUCAACUAUGCAAACGAGAAGUUGCAGCAGCAGUUUAACUCGCAUGUAUUCAAACUAGAGCAAGAAGAAUAUAUGAAGGAGCAGAUCCCUUGGACCUUGAUUGACUUUUAUGAUAACCAACCUUGUAUUGACCUCAUAGAAGCCAAGCUGGGCAUCUUGGACCUGCUGGAUGAAGAAUGUAAGGUCCCCAAAGGAACUGACCAGAACUGGGCCCAGAAGCUCUACGACCGGCACUCUGGCAGCCAGCACUUCCAGAAACCCCGCAUGUCCAACACGGCCUUCAUUGUCGUCCACUUUGCUGACAAGGUGGAGUACCUCUCAGAUGGUUUUCUGGAGAAAAACAGAGACACGGUGUAUGAAGAGCAGAUCAACAUCCUGAAGGCCAGCAAGUUUCCACUAGUGGCUGACUUGUUUCAUGAUGACAAGGACUCCAUUCCUGCUGCUUCUACAUCUGGGAAGGGCUCGUCUUCAAAGAUCAACAUUCGCUCCGCCAGACCCCCCCUGAAAGCAUCCAACAAGGAGCACAAGAAAACCGUGGGCCACCAGUUCCGCACCUCCCUGCAUCUGCUCAUGGAGACCCUGAAUGCCACGACGCCACACUACGUGCGCUGCAUCAAGCCGAAUGAUGAGAAGCUCCCCUUCCACUUUGACCCAAAGAGAGCGGUGCAGCAGCUCCGGGCGUGUGGGGUGCUGGAGACCAUCCGAAUCAGCGCAGCCGGCUACCCAUCCAGGUGGGCUUACCAUGACUUCUUCAACCGGUAUCGAGUGCUGGUCAAGAAGAGAGAGCUCGCCAACACAGACAAAAAGGCCAUCUGCAGGUCUGUCCUGGAGAACCUCAUCAAGGAUCCUGACAAGUUCCAGUUUGGCCGCACCAAGAUCUUCUUCCGGGCAGGCCAGGUGGCCUACCUAGAGAAGCUUCGCGCCGACAAGUUCCGGGCAGCCACCAUCAUGAUCCAGAAGACAGUCCGCGGCUGGCUACAGAAGGUGAAAUACCGCAGGUUGAAGGCAGCUACCUUAACUCUGCAGAGGUUCUGCCGAGGACACCUGGCCCGCAGGCUAGCGGAGCAGCUGCGGAGGACCCGAGCGGCCGUCAUGUUCCAGAAGCAGUACCGCAUGCGGAGGACCCGCGUGGCCUACCAGAGGGCGCGCAGGGCCGCUGUCGUCAUCCAGGCCUUCACCCGCGGCAUGCUGGUGCGGAGAAGCUACCGGCAGGUCCUCAUGGAGCAUAAGGCCACCGUCCUCCAGAAGCACGUGCGGGGCUGGAUGGCACGCAGGCGCUUUGGGCGACUGCGGGGUGCGGCCAUCGUCAUCCAGUGCGCCUUCCGGAUGCUCAAGGCCAAGCAGGAGCUGAAGGCCCUCAAGAUCGAGGCCCGCUCCGCAGAGCACCUGAAACGCCUCAACGUGGGCAUGGAGAACAAGGUGGUCCAGCUGCAGCGGAAAAUUGAUGACCAGAACAAAGAGUUCAGGACGCUGUCGGAGCAGCUGUCGGCGGUCACCUCCACGCACACCAUGGAGGUAGAGAAGCUGAAGAAGGAGCUGGCCCGCUACCAGCAGGGCCACAGCGGGGACAGCAGCCCGAGGCUGCAGGAGGUGGUCGAGAGCCUGCGGGCUGAGCUGCAGAGGGCCCACUCAGAGCGCAAGAUCCUGGAGGAUACUCAUACCAAGGAGAAGGACGAGCUGAAAAAGCAAGUUGCAGUCCUGGAGCAAGAAAACGCUCUCUUAAAAGAUGAGAAAGAACAGCUGAACAACCAAAUCCUGUGCCAAGUGAAAGGUAAGUGCAAAGUGCUUGAUUUUUCAUUUCGGAGUUCAGAGAAUCUGAUGAAGAGAGAGCUGGAGGAGGAGCGCUCCCGGUACCAGAACCUCGUGAAGGAAUAUUCUCGGCUGGAGCAGAGAUAUGACAACCUCCGGGAUGAGAUGAGCAUCAUCAAGGCAAGGAGGGCACAAACCCCAGGCCACAGGCGGAACCCAUCAAACCAAAGUAGCUUAGAGUCUGACUCCAAUUACCCCUCCAUCUCCACAUCUGAGGUCGGAGACACAGAGGACGCCCUUCAGCAGGUGGAGGACAUUGGCCUGGAAAAGGCGGCCAUGGACAUGACGGUCUUCCUGAAGCUGCAGAAGAGAGUGCGGGAGCUUGAGCAGGAACGGAAGAAGCUGCAGGUGCAGCUGGAGAAGAGAGAGCAGCAGGAUGGCAGGAAGGUGCAGGUGCGUAAUGCAGAUCUAGCCUACAAUAGUCUGAAGAGGCAAGAGCUGGAGUCGGAAAACAAGAAGCUGAAGAAUGACCUGAAUGAGCUAAGGAAAGCGGUGGCCGACCAAGCCACCCAGAACAACUCCACCCACGGCUCCCCAGACAGCUACCACCUGCUGUUGAACCAGCUCAAGCUGGCCAAUGAGGAGCUGGAGGUUCGCAAGGAGGAGGUGCUCAUCCUGAGGACCCAGAUCGUCAGCGCCGACCAGCGCCGACUUGCCGGCAAGAGCACGGUAACGAUUCGGCAGCCCCCAGCCAGGCUGGUGAGGGGUGAAAAGCACGUAGAUCAGGAAGACGCCAUCGAGGCCUAUCACGGGGUCUGCCAGACAAACCGAGUCCCCACUGAGGAUUGGGGAUAUUUGAAUGAAGAUGGAGAGCUCGGCUUGGCCUACCAAGGCCUAAAGCAAGUUGCCAGGCUGCUGGAGGCACAGCUGCAGGCCCAGAGCCGCGAACAUGAGGAGGAGGUGGAGGGCCUCAAGGGGCAGGUGGAAGCCCUGAAGGAGGAGCUGGACAAGCAGCAGCAGACCUUCUGCCAGACGCUGCUGCUGUCCCCGGAGGCCCAGGUGGAGUUUGGUGUCCAGCAGGAGAUCUCCCGGCUGACCAACGAGAACCUGGUGAGUGAUAUUGCCCAUCGGAUCGCACUCUGGAAAGACCUCAAAGAACUGGUAGAAAAACUGGAAAAGAAUGAGAAGAAGCUCAAGAAACAACUGAAAAUUUACAUGAAGAAGGUCCAGGACCUAGAAGGUAAGGCCCGUGAGAGAGAGAGAGGCCGCGGGAUAGACCAACUCAACAGGCAGGUCACCGUCCAACGGAAGGAGAAGGACUUCCAGGGCAUGCUGGAGUACCACAAGGAAGACGAGGCCCUUCUCAUUCGGAACCUGGUGACAGAGCUGAAGCCGCAGACGCUGGCGGGCACCGUGCCCUGCCUUCCUGCCUACGUCCUCUACAUGUGCAUCAGGCACGCCGAUUACGUCAACGAUGACCUCAAGGUGCACUCUUUGCUGACCUCCACCAUCAACGGCAUUAAGAAAGUCCUGAAGAAGCACAACGAGGACUUCGAGAUGACAUCAUUCUGGUUAUCCAACACCUGCCGCCUCCUUCACUGCUUGAAGCAGUACAGCGGGGAUGAGGGCUUCAUGACUCAGAAUACACCCAAGCAGAAUGAGCACUGUCUUAAGAACUUUGACCUCACCGAAUACCGCCAGGUGCUGAGUGACCUUUCCAUUCAGAUCUACCAGCAGCUCAUUAAAAUCGCCGAGGGUGUGUUGCAGCCUAUGAUAGUCUCCGCCAUGUUGGAAAAUGAGAGCAUUCAGGGUCUCUCUGGUGUGAAGCCAACUGGCUACCGGAAGCGCUCCUCCAGCAUGGUGGAUGGGGACAACUCCUACUGCCUGGAAGCCGUCAUCCGCCAGAUGACUUCCUUCCACACGGUCAUGCGAGACCAGGGCUUGGACCCUGAGAUCAUCCUGCAGGUGUUCAAGCAGCUGUUCUACAUGAUCAACGCCGUGACCCUCAACAACCUGCUGCUGCGGAAGGACGUCUGCUCGUGGAGCACCGGCAUGCAGCUCAGGUACAACAUAAGCCAGCUUGAAGAGUGGCUUCGGGGAAGGAACCUUCACCAGAGCGGAGCCGUCCAGACCAUGGAACCCCUGAUCCAAGCAGCCCAGCUCCUGCAGCUAAAGAAGAAAACCCCGGAGGACGCAGAGGCCAUCUGCUCCCUGUGCACCUCUCUCAGCACCCAGCAGAUUGUCAAAAUUUUAAACCUUUAUACUCCCCUGAAUGAAUUUGAAGAACGGGUGACUGUGGCCUUUAUACGAACAAUCCAGGCACAGCUACAAGAGCGGAAUGACCCUCAGCAGCUGCUGUUAGACUCCAAGCACAUGUUUCCCGUCUUGUUUCCAUUCAACCCAUCCUCGCUGACCAUGGACUCAAUCCACAUCCCGGCCUAUCUGAACCUGGAGUUCCUCAGCGAGGUCUGACGAGGCGCAGCCCCCACCCCCGCCCGUGGCUCCAUUUCCAGUGAGAGCAAGAAGGAAGCCUCUUAUAUAUGGUGAAGUGAGGGGUCUGUUAAAUCUGUAAAAGACUGAGAGCCCGUACAGAGUGCUGAACGAUACGGAAUAAGACACAUUUGGCAUUAUUUUUUUGUACGUACUGCUCAGAAUAAAAACACUUGAAGUAUGGAAGA